UAUGCUUACUUGUAGCUUUGAAAUCUAUUUAUAGAUUACCUGCGUUACACGAAAGUGUAUAAAAAGAAAUUGAGUCGAGCCAUGCAAAACACAGAAAUGGAAGAAGAAAACAAGAAGCUUCACAUAGCUAUGUAUCCAUGGUUCGCCAUGGGACACCUCACAGCAUUUCUCCACAUCUCCAACAAGUUAGCAUUGAGAGGCCACAACAUCUCCUUCUUCGUACCAACCAAAACGCAGUCCAAACUGAUGUCGUUUAAUCACCACCCAGACCUCAUCUCCUUCAUCCCCAUCCACGUGCCUCACGUGGACGGCCUCCCUCUCGGUGCCGAAACCACCGCCGACGUUCCAUUCCCUCUCCUCACCUUCCUCAUGACCGCCAUGGAUCUCACUCGUCCCCAGCUCGAAGCUUCUCUCCUAAAACUCAAACCCCACCUCAUCUUCUUCGAUUUCACCCAUUGGGUACCUGAAGCCGUCCGUCGUUUCCGGAUCAAGUCCAUCCAUUUCUGCACCAUCAGCCCUGCAACACUCGGAUACCUGAUCAGUCCCGAGAGGAGUGAAUCUGACCAAGCCCAUGAUUUGAUGGAGCCUCCACCCGGUUUCCCAUUGUCGGCCAUUACGUUCCGGGCUCACGAAGCUCGAGAUUUGGCCAAGGUAUCGACGAAUGAGUUCGGGAGCGGGAUCUCGUUCAUGAAACGACAGAAACUCUCGUUAAACGACUGCGACGCCAUAGCUUUCAAAACUUCUAAAGAGAUGGAAGGAGUCUACUCCGAUUUCGUUGCCGAACAGUGGGGGAAGACAGUCCUUCUGACAGGGCCGGUGGUUCCUGAAUCACCGAAUUCGGUGUUGGAGGGUGAAACGGCGGCGUUUCUUUCGAGUUUUGAGAAGGGAAGCGUGGUGUACUGCGCAUUCGGAAGCGAAUGUGUUCUGAAAAAAGAGCAGUUUCAAGAACUCGUUCUGGGUCUGGAGCUAACAGGACGACCGUUCAUGGCGGCUCUGAAAGCCCCAUUUGGGUGCGAAACAGUGGAGUCAGGUUUGCCAGAUGGGUUUACGGAGAGAGUUGGGAGUAGAGGGUUGGUCCAUGGGGGUUGGGUCCAGCAGCAAUUGAUACUAGGCCAUGGCUCGGUUGGGUGCUUCGUGACUCAUUGUGGUUCGGGGUCGUUGCUGGAGGGCUUGGUGAAUGAGUGUCAACUGGUUUUGCUACCAAAUGUUGGAGAUCAGGUUGUCAAUGCUAGGAUUAUGAGUGGUGAUCUUAAAGUUGGAGUUGAGGUUGAGAAAGGGAAUGAAGAUGGGUUGUUUACCAAAGAAGGUGUUUGUAAAGCUGUGGAGACUGUAAUGGAGUUGGACGGCCAUGUGGGGAAGGAAGUGAGGGCAAAUCACAAGAAAUGGAGAGAGUUUUUGUUGAGUGAAGGGCUUGAGGACUCUUAUAUUGAUGGAUUCAUCAACAAACUACAUGAUCUCAUUACUACCUCAUGAACAAGUACGGUUCAAAUAAGUUGGGCUGAACCAAAACUACAUGGACUAUUUCUUUGCAAGUUUUUUUCUUUUUAAUUUUAUGAUUAUUUCAAAGCAAUCAAAUGUAACAAUAUGUGCUAGGUUCUUAUUUUAUCUAAUGAUUUUUUUUUUGGAUUUGCUUAUAUGAGAAGUUUUAUCGAGGACGUGUCCACUUUCCAAAAAAAUAUAUAUAUAACAAUAUGUUUAGUCAAUUGAUGAUUGUUAGAUGUCUGAUAUGAAUUA